CUGCACGCGGUCACACAGUGGGUAUCUUUGUUUAUUAUUAUCGCGUCGCUCGUUGCGCGCUGGCUUAUUUUUUGAAUAGUGCGUUCCUAGUGCGAGUCGGCAGCGUCCCAAACGUCGUAGAUUCCAUUGCCUGAGCCACCAAGAACGAACCAUUUCCUUACAUAACUUCGGAGUACAUGGUCCGCAAAGAGCCGCGCGACGAAAGGCAAUUAACAAAGACACGCAAGUGCUUGCACACCGUGCUAUUAUGCAAAGUGCGCUAUUGCAGCUGGUCUAAGAUUGCAAAGAAAGGCGACAAAGAAAGAGAAAAUACAAAGUGGUAGAACGAGCAGAACCACCUCCCCAAGUCAGCUGUGAUCUCUGCGGUCGGGCCUCCCUCGAGUGGGCGCAAAAUGGGCGGGAUGGGGGGCGGCGGGCUGCUGGACAUCUACUCCAUGGCCUGGGAGCAUCUGAGGCCCGGAAGCUCGCCCGUCGACUGGUGCGAGGGCAAUUACUUGAUUUCAUCCAACAUCGCCGAGUUCGUGAACACGAGCGAGACCAAGUGGAAACGUAAACAAAAGAUACUGUUUGCCACGCUUCGUUUGCGAUGGCGAGACGGGCAAAGGGUCAUUUUCGCAGUGCGACACCCGGAAAAUGCAGUUUUCUUAUCGCCCCGAGCGUCAGCGUCACACUUGUCCGGUCGAUUUGAAACGUUUAGCAACUUUCUGUUCAUCCUCCUUCCGCCAGUCCUGAUAAUGCUCUUCAAGGAGUACGGACGCUUUGUGACGCCCGGAAUCCACGUUAUCUGGGUGCUGCUCAUCGUGGUUGGCCUGAGUUCGAUGUACUUCCAUGCCACCCUGAGUCUAAUUGGCCAGCUGCUGGAUGAACUGGCCAUCCUCUGGGUCUUCAUGGCGGCCUUUUCGCUCUUCUAUCCGAAGCGCUACUAUCCCAAGUUCGUUAAAAACGAUCGCAAAACCUUCAGUUGGCUCAUGCUGUUGUCGGCGAUCGCUGCAACGGGCUUGUCAUGGUGGAAGCCCAUUGUUAACGCCUUUGUUCUCAUGUUCAUGAGUGUACCGACCAUGGUAAUGCUCUACACAGAGCUGCAAAGAGUCAGUGACCAAAGGGUUUACCGCCUGGGCAUUCGAUCGACGACAGUCUGGGCAGUGGCGGUAUUCUGCUGGAUUAAUGACCGGAUCUUCUGCGAGGCCUGGUCAUCGAUCAAUUUCCCAUACCUGCACGGCUUUUGGCACAUCUUCAUUUUCAUAGCAGCCUACACGGUGCUGGUGCUGUUCGCCUAUUUCUACGUGGAAUCGGAGCUGCCCCAGAGACAGCCGCUGCUAAAGUAUUGGCCGAAGAACGAGUUUGAGUUCGGGAUACCCUUCAUUUCGAUACGGAAUCCAGAUUCGAAAGAUUGGCUCGUCUACUGCAGCUUGUACAUGCAGGACUAUGACUACAAGCACGGAAAGAACUAAGGCAUGAAUUCGGUUGGAUAGCCUACUCCAAACAGAAACAUACACAGCGUGAUAUAAGUUAGAGUUGCAGAAGAAGGAAUAACUAAAUUAUUUAUUAAUUACAAAGCUCACCUGCUCAGCGCAGAAACCAAAUUAUGUAUAGCUGCCAUUUAGAGCGUUAGCUUAGAAAGUAUGAUUUACGUAGGCUAAACAAAUGUCGACAAAUGUACUGCGUUAUCUGCAAGCUAUCUUGUUUAAUCGCAAUAAAGAAUAGUAUUUUA